AUGAUCCCCUACCUCGCCUUCCCGCUGCUAUGGUCGGCAUUGGCACACGCCAUUCCGACCAGUUCCCAACAACAACACGCCGAGCUACCGGACCUCCAACGCCGCAGCACCAGCACCCUCAAGGUCUCCGCCCGAUCGAACCCAGACUUCGUCCUGGACGGCCCGGCUGCCCUCGCAGCCGCCUACGAACGGUGGGACAUGCCCGUUCCGGAGUCGCUCGCCAACCACAACAUGUUGACCCGGCGCGAAGGAUACGAAUGCAACAAUGACUUUUACUGGCUGACAGACGUCUUCGUCGGGUCAGCGAUGCAGAAGAUGCCCGUCAUCAUCGACACCGCAUCAUCCGACUUCUGGCUGAUGACCACCGAUACCGAAUUCGGCGACGUAGCCGUGAAUGGCAAGCCCGCGCUCUACGACCCUGCAAAGUCGGCGUCGAGUCAAGAGGUCCCUGGCGCAGUUUGGGAGUCAUCGUACAUCGAUAAGUCCACCAGCUCCGGCAAGGUGUACUUCGACACCGUUGGCUUCGGCCUGGUGACGGACAACAACCACUUCACCAUCGCCAACACAACAAUCCAAUCCGCCGUCAACGUCGCCCCGCGGUGGGCCAUCGAACCCAAAAUCAGCGGUGUCAUGGGUCUCGCCAAGAGUAAGCCCUCGUCUGUCAAGCCCGGUAUGCCGUCCAUGCUCGACCGUCUCAAGCCGGCGCUGCAUUACGAGUGGAUCGGUAUCGAUCUCCGAGCCAAUUCGAAUAAGGGCUUCUUCUCCUUUGGAUACGCCUUGGGCACAGUGGAGACCAAUGAGCCGCCCGUGGACGACGACGAGCACUGGAGCUUCGAGCUCAAGGGAACUCGCACGAGCACUAUGGACAGCAAGCAGUGGAACGUGUUCAAGAAGCGUACCAUUGCCACCAUUGAUACUGGAAGUAGUUUUGUGCUUCUUCCUGGCGACAUGGUUGCUGGUUACUAUGCUGGCAUUCCCGACUCGGCUCACGAUCCAAAGCUGAAAGCCUGGGUGUUCCCGUGCGCUUCGGCCGCAAGCAUUCCCGACAUGCUCUUCCUUACAGCAGGCGGUUACGUGGGCACGAUUCUCAAGGAGUCUAUCAAUCUUGGCCCUGCGCCUGGGAGCUCCGAAAUGUGCUUUGGUGGGAUUCAGAAUAGUGCCACUAAUCGUUCUAUCUUUGGAGGCGUCGCCCUCAAGAGCAUGUUCGUCCAAUUGAAUUAUGGAGCUUCAGGAACCUUCGUCAGCUUUGGGAAAAAGAGCUCGUACGAUGUUUGUUCGACGACGACAGCCUGUCAAUCAUAG